CUUUAUUAUUAUUGUACAUCCAAUAUACAACGAGACUGGGAUUACUCAUAAUGUGGUUAAAAUUGUAAAUUGAAUUAUAAUUCUGAACUAAGCAGAAAUCAGACUUACUUAAAGUAUUACAUUUAUUCAAAUCUAUUGACAGAGUAGGAUCAGACCAUUUACCACCAAGAGACAACAAAGUCCAGUCCAAAAGGACUUUUUACCUAGGUUGUAAAAUGUCAGGAGGUUGUUAAAAUUAUCAGAUUCAGAUUGGAAAACCAGACGUCAGUGAUCUGAUCUACUACUAUUGUCAUUUAGCAGAUGCUUUUAUCCAAGCGACUUACAUCUGAGACACACACACCAUGGAGAAAUUAGAGUUAAGGCCUUGCUCAGGGGCCAAGGUGGUUCAUCCUGGUUGCCAUUCCAGGGCUUGAACCUGGGACCUCCAGCCCCAAACCCACCUCUGUAUCACCCCUGCAUUUUCAGCUGUUUACAUCAUACAUGGAAGUUCAGCCUCAAACUUUCAGACAAGGGAGAAGCUGGGGUUUGAUUGUUGUUUUGAUCAUUUAGUGAUUGACUCGGAGCAAAUAUUGAUUAGAUUUUGUCCCUGUAGUUGGUGCAAUUUGGCAAGACGAUUUCUUCUAAAUGAACUGUAACUGUGUAUUCAAGGCCAGACGUGUUUUAGAUACAACAGGAAAUGUCCAAAUUCUCCUGUCUGCACACCUAGAUUUCCUGUCCAAGACUUGCAAGCAGUUUGCAAAGCUGUUCUGGCGUGUAUCCUUCCGUGCGUAAUCUGUACACCAUUGUGACACAGAUUCCUAGUUCGGUAAAAUAGUUUUCUGUUUUGGACCUUGCAAACACCUUUCUCAGUGUGCCUGUGGAUCCUGCUAGUCAGUUUUUGGUUUGUUUUAAUUUGAAAGGUGAACCUUGGACCUUUGCAGAGGGCCAUAAAGUGAGUGUGUCAACAAAUCACAUUUCUGGGACAUGUUAUCUCUGCUGAUAGCAGGCGAUUACUGCUUAUUUUAUAAGCAGUAAUCGCCUGCUAAUAGGCCCUAUUAGAAAGAAACAGCUGAAGCAAUUUAUAGGAACCUAUUCUUAUGGCAGGAUGUUCAAGGAUGUUUAUUCAUCCAAGAUUUGGAAGCGGUUAGUAAAGCCAUUCUGGCACAUAUCCUUCGGUGCCUAAUUCGUACUCAACUGCUACCAUCAGUAACCAAUUCUGUGAGCUUGACCAUCCCUGCCCACUCCAAACGGCUACUGGUGCCUCUCUCUGUUCCUACCGGUCUCUAAAUGAAGAUGAAGUCUCUAAACUUCAUCUGAGCUGAGGGGUGAACUGUGCAUGUUCACAACCUCAUCGUUGAUGAUUAGUUUUCUUCAUCAAACAAAUUGUGAGGCGUUUUUAUUUCCUGGAUUGAAGCUGUCGUCUCCAGCACUAAAGUCAGACUACUGUUUCCUGUGGAGCCUUUCAAAAUAAAGUGUGGUUCCUGGAAGAAGUGGUUCUUUGAUGCUUGUGUAUUUGUUGUGUAAUGAGGCUGUGAAGGAGGAGGACAUGUGUCUCUGCAGGAAAGCUUAACCUUUGAGCUUCUUCACAUUUACAGGAACCAGACUGACGUAGAGGCCGAGUCUCUUUCAGGUUUUUCCAGAUUUUCAAAUUCCUGUUGCUGCAGAAAAGACUCUGUUGUUCAAAUAAUUUUAUUUUCAAAUCAGAGAGGUCGGUGACUGGAAGUUUGAAACCUAAGAGCAGAAUCAGCAGACACAACUGUAGAAGUGCUGUCCACUUAAAACAAAAUAAAUGAAUGGUUCUGUGCAAGGAAACAUGUUCAUGUACUCUUCCUCUACCUCCCACUGCUAUCUGACUGCAUUCAAGUGACACUGAUAUAAUAACAAAAGAGGAGCAAACCAGUGCAGGAUCAGCUGGUCUCUGUACAACACCAGUGAUGUAUGUUUCCUAUGCAGAUAAAGGUGUGUGUGUGUGUGAGCUGAUGUGGACGUGAAUUCAGCAGAAUGGACCAGUGUGAGGACAGAGAGGAGGGAGUCCCUCCCUCUAAAACAGCUCAGAGGAAUCGACCUGUACCUGGACCUGGAGCUGGAGCUGUACCUGGACCUGGAGCUGGAGCUGGAGCUGGAGCUGUACCUGGACCUGGAGCUGGAGCUGUACCCAGCUGUGUGUCCUUGAAGAGUGACCGGUCAAAUGAAAAGUUUAUUAACUUUAAAGGAGACCAACAUUCUGCUGUAAAGAGGAACCAACCUGGACCUGGACCUGGACCUGGACCUGGACCUGGACCUGGACCUGGACCUGGACCUGGACCUGGACCUGGAGCUGGAGCUGUACCCAGCUGUGUGUCCUUGAAGAGUGACCGGUCAAAUGAAAAGUUUAUUAACUUUAAAGGAGACCAACGUUCUGCAGUAAAGAGGAACCAACCUGGACCUGGACCUGGACCUGGACCUGGACCUGGACCUGGACCUGGACCUGGACCUGGACCUGGAGCUGGAGCUGUACCCAGCUGUGUGUCCUUGAAGAGUGACCGGUCAAAUGAAAAGUUUAUUAACUUUAAAGGAGACCAACGUUCUGCAGUAAAGAGAGUGGACCAGCAGAGCUCAGAGCCUCCCAGCGGUCCGUCUGUCCAGCAGCAUCAGACACAGCUGGACUCCAUAUUUCUGCUGCUGGAGGACAACAUUGUCAUGUUUGUGAAGAACGAGCUGAAGAAGAUCCAGAGGGGGCUGAGUCCAAAUUACCCAGAAUCCCUAGAGCAUCUGUUGGAGGUUGAGGAUGAAGAACAGAGGAGGAGCAGCACAGAGGCGUUUGUGAAGAUCACUGUGAACUUCCUGAGGAUAAUGGAGCAGGAGGAGCUGGCUGAGCGUCUGCAAAGCAGUGCGUUGGUUGCAUUUUCUCAAAAGCAGCUGAAGUUUAAGCUGAAGAAGAAGUACCAGUGUGUGUUUGAGGGGAUUAUUAAAGCAGGAAACCCAACCCUUCUGAAGCAGAUCUACACAGAGCUCUACAUCACAGAGGGGGGGACUGGAGAGGUCAAUGAAGAACAUGAAGUCAGACAGAUUGAAGCAGCAUCCAGGAAAACAGACCGAUCAGAAACAACCAUCAGACAGGAAGACAUCUUUGAACUCCCACCUGGUAGAGAUGAACCAAUCAGAACAGUGAUGACGAAGGGAGUGGCCGGAAUCGGGAAAACAGUCCUAACACAGAAGUUCACUCUGGACUGGGCUGAAGGAACCGCCAACCAGGACAUCCAGUUCAUGUUUCCGUUCACCUUCAGAGAGCUGAAUGUGCUGAAAGAGAGAAAGUUCAGCUUGGUGGAACUUGUUCAUCACUUCUUCACUGCAACCAAAGAGAUCUGCAGCUUUGAAGAGUUCCAGGUCGUGUUCAUCUUUGACGGUCUCGAUGAGAGUCGACUUCCUCUGGACUUCAACAACAAUGAGGUCGUGACUGAUGUUACAGUGUCCACCUCAGUGGAUGUGCUGCUGACAAACCUCAUCAGGGGGAACCUGCUUCCUUCUGCUCAUCUCUGGAUCACCACACGACCUGCAGCAGCCAAUCAGAUCCCUCCUGAGUGUGUUUCCAUGGUGACAGAGGUCAGAGGGUUCACUAACCCACAGAAGGAGGACUACUUCAGGAAGAGGUUCAGAGAUGAGGAGCAGACCAGCAGGAUCAUCUCCCACAUCAAGACAUCACGGAGCCUCCACAUCAUGUGCCACAUCCCAGUCUUCUGCUGGAUCACUGCUACGGUCCUGGAGGAAGUCCUGGAAACCAGAGAGGGAGGGGGGCUGCCCAAGACCCUGACUGAGAUGUACAUCUACUUCCUGGUGGUCCAGACCAAAGUGAAGAAGGUCAAGUAUGAUGGAGGAGCUGAGACAGAUCCUCACUGGAGUCCAGAGAGCAGGAAGAUGAUGGAGUCUCUGGGAAAACUGGCGUUUGAGCAGCUGCAGAAAGGAAACCUGAUCUUCUAUGAACCAGACCUGAGAGAGUGUGGCAUCGAUAUCAGAGAGGCUUCAGUGUACUCAGGAGUGUUCACACAGAUCUUUAGAGAGGAGAGCAGCCUGUACCAGGACCAGGUCUUCUGCUUCAUCCAUCUGAGUGUUCAGGAGUUUCUGGCUGCUCUUUAUGUCCAUCAGACCUUCAUCAAGUCUGGAGUCAACCUGCUGGAGGAACAAGAAAACACCUCAAGAUGGUUUAAAACAAGAGCAGAGACUGACUUCUAUCAGAGUGCUGUGGACAAGGCCUUACAGAGUCCAAACGGACACCUGGACUUGUUCCUCCGCUUCCUCCUGGGUCUUUCACUGGAGACCAAUCAGAACCUCCUACGAGGUCUGAUGACAUCAAACCAAAGAAGUUCACAGAACAAUCAGGAAACAGUUAAAUACAUCAAGAGGAAGAUCAGUGAGGAUCUGUCUGCAGAGAAAAGCAUCAACCUGUUCCACUGUCUGAAUGAACUGAACGCUGGUUCUCUGGUGGAGGGGAUCCAACGGUCCAUGAGUUCAGGAUGUCUCUCCACAAAUAAACUGUCUCCUGCUCAGUGGUCAGCUCUGGUCUUCAUCUUACUGUCAUCAGAAGAAGGUCUGGAAGUGUUUGACCUGAAGAAAUACUCAGCUUCAGAGGAUGUUCUACAGAGGCUGCUGCCGGUGGUCAAAGCCUCCAAGAAAGUUGUGUUGAGUGACUGUAACCUCUCAGAGGAAAUCUGUGCAGAUCUGUCCUCAGUUCUCAGCUCUCAGUCCUCCAGUCUGACAGAACUGGACCUGAGUAACAACGACCUGCAGGAUUCUGGACUGAAGGAGCUUUGUCCUGGACUGGAGAGUCCACACUGCAAACUGGAGUCUCUCAGGCUGUCAGGCUGUCUGAUCUCGGAGGAAGGCUGUGCUUCUCUGGUCUCAGCUCUGAGCUCCAACCCCUCCCACCUGAGAGAGCUGGACCUGAGCUACAACCAUCCAGGAGAAUCAGCAGGGAAGCUUCUGUUUGCUGGACUGGAGGAUCCCCGCUGGAGACUGGACACUCUCAGGGUGGAGCCUGCUGGACAACAAUGGUUGACACCAGGUCUGAGGAAGUAUUCCUGUCAACUCACCAUUGACACAAACACGCUCAACAACAACAUCAAACUGUCUGAUGACAACAGGAAGAUGACAUGUGUGAAGGAGGAUCAGUCAUAUCCUGAUCAUCCAGACAGGUUUGAUUACAGGCCUCAGCUGCUGUGUAAAGAAGUUCUGACGGGUCGCUGUUACUGGGAGGUCCAGUGGAGAGGAGGAGUUUCUGUAUCAGUGAGUUACGGAAGAAUCAGAAGGAAAGGAGACUCUAUUGACUGUAUGUUUGGAGGGAACGAUUAUUCCUGGAGUCUAUUCUCUUCUGGUGAUGGUGGGUACAGUGUCUCCCACAAUGACAGAGUAACACCUUCCUCCUCCUCUUCCUCAGCCUCUGACAGAGUAGCAGUGUAUGUGGACGUUCCUGCUGGAACUCUGUCCUUUUACAGCGUCUCCUCUGGCCGACUGAUCCACCUCCACACCUUCAACACCACAUUCACUGAACCUCUUUAUCCUGGGUUCGGGUUCUGGUCCUGGUCUGGUUCUUCAGUGUCUCUGUGUUGAGUUCAGUCUCAAGAGUUUCCUCCUGUCAGAGAAACUGUCUCUGUUGGACAGAUAGUUCAGUCUGUACAUGUCUGUCUGUUUUCAUCAGAACACAUGAAUGGUAGUAGUAGUAGUGAUAAUAAUGAAAAUAAUAAUAAUACUACAUUUUAUUUAUAAUGCACUUUUCAUUUGAAACACAUCUUUUCAGGAUUAAAAGUACAAAUACACAGACAUGCAUAUGAAAAAUACAGACAUUUACACAAAUAAAACAUAAAGGUUAACAUGGAGCUGGUCAUUAAAAGGCGUCUUUGAGAACGUAGGUCUUCCAGGCCUCUUUAAGGGCCUUCAGACAUUCCACAGGGGGGAACGCUCCAUCUCCAUAGUCCACCACCCAUUGUCUCCGGAGAAGAGGCUGCGUGAUGAGUUCUUUAAGACAGACUGGAGCGUUGCCAUGGAUGCACCGACGAGUCAGCAGAGCAGAUGUGUACUGAACUCUGGAGGACCCGGGCAGCUAGAGCAGGGGCGUGAGCACGGGUGUGAUACCACCACGUUUACGUGCUCUUCUGACUCUGCUGGAGCUUUGGGACACUCUUCCCAGGAUGAGAAGUGCGUUACAGUAGUCCAAUCUGGAGGAGACAAAAUAUCAGACAGGGAGAGGACAGGACAGCUGGGCAGUGUCUUACACAGAUGUUUAAUGUGAUUAUUGACUGUUGUGCGUGGGUCCAGCCUCACCGAGGUCAGUGUCCUGUCCUGAGAGGGGGGUAGUGUGUCAUGUUCUGGGUCUCUGGAAAGCGCCUAGAGACAACUUGUGUUGUGAUAAACGCUAUAUAAAUAAAACUGAACUGAACU